AGCAAUCAUUUGGUUCCCGCUUUCGUUCAAAGUCGAAAUCAGUCCAGUGCUAUGCGUAGACGCGGCGUAUACGUUAUGUUGACGCUCUGCAGUGUGCUGACUGCAGCACUGACCGCUGUGCUGGUGAUCUCUCUCACCGGCAACUACAGCGGGGCAGAUGCAGUUACACAAACUGUGACUGUGGAUUUAUUAAACAGCCAGGGAAAAGUUCUCGGAAAUUUCGGGAGAACCGCUUGGACAGAUCAGACCUUUAUGCAAUUCAGAGGCAUUCCCUAUGCCGAGCCGCCAGUAGAAGAGUUGCGUUUCCAGCCACCUGUGGCGCGAUCCCCUUGGACAAACACCAUCAGCGCAUUGAACUUUGGACAACGUUGCCCCGUGAUAACCAAUCUGGAUGGCCAGUUGUCUGAUGCUGAACUAGAAGAUUGCCUUAACCUGUCAGUCUAUACAAAAAAUCUUACUGCCAGCCAUCCGGUGAUGUUUUACAUCUAUGGCGGAGGCUACUACAAUGGCUCUGCCGAGGAUCACCCACCCGACUAUAUGUUGGAGAAGGAUAUAGUUCUAGUUGUACCUCAUUACCGGGUGGGAGCCUUGGGCUGGCUGUCAACCUACACAAAAGAGUUUCCCGGAAAUGCCCCCAUUGCGGAUAUUUUAAUGGGACUUGAGUGGGUGCAACUGCAUAUAAGUCGAUUUGGUGGCAACCCAAAGAAGGUAACCAUUUUUGGACAGAGCGCCGGAGCCGGAGUGGCCAGCUCUUUGCUGCUGAGUCCAAAAACUGGAGAGAAUCUGUUCCAGCAAGCAAUUGUGCAAUCUGGUUCAAUUUUAGCUCAUUGGGCCAUCAACAAGGACCCACUGGGGCAGGCUCGACGAAUCUGUGGCCAGCUGGGUUGUCUGAGCUGCGACCAAAAUGACCAGAUCUUCAAGUGUUUACGAAACGCCAAAGUUAUAGAUAUUUUGAAAGCCACGACAACAGAGACUUUCUCGCCAGUUAUGGGCGAUUUGCAAGGAAUCCUGCCACAACAUCCCAGUGAAUUGGUAACGAAUUAUAAGAGAAAAAUUCCCCUAUUAACAGGGUUUACGGAACAUGAUGGAUCUUUCGUACUGGCAAGCUAUUAUGAUGCUCUGGCCGCAAAGAUAUCGAAUGUGAGUUCGUUGAGCGUGCGUCAGUUUUCGCAGGGCAUCAAUAACUUGUUAAUCGACGACAAGACCGGACUCACAGAUAAUUUACUAAAUAAAAUGCUCUUCAAGCCAGCAGUUCUCAACAGUAAUGACCACAAACUUGCUGUACCAGCGUACUUUGAUCUCACGUCGACAAUCUACAUGAAGUCCCCAGUGAUAACUCUGGCCCGCAAAAUCCUUUCCAAACAGCCUAGCACUCCGGUCUACGUGUAUAGUUUCGAGUAUGAAGGGGAAUUCACUCGGUUUGGGUACGAGUUCGACAACUCCCACUAUCCAUUUAAUGGAGGAGUUCACCAUUCCAAUGACAACAUCUAUCUGUUCGCCACACAUCCCCUAAAAGGCCCAGACACACUGAUGUCCCAGAAAAUGGUGGAGUUAUGGACAUCGUUUGCCAUCGAUGGCGUGCCCAAGGGACUUAGUCCCUUGACUAGUCCAAGUGGUCCGUAUAAUAAACUUAAUUUAAAUAUAACAAAAAGCGACGAUUUGCUGGAAUCUCUGACGGCUGCGAUUGAUGAUCCUGACAAUGACAGACUACAGCGAGAAGAUGUGGAGUUUUAAUGGCCCAGGCCACUCCAAGUGUUUAUGAUUUAAGGGAGGGUUAGGUAUUUAAUUUUUUUUUCGUAAAUAUUUUUUUUAUUUUAUAGGUUUAAUAUCUUGAGAAUAUUGUGACCAAGUUUUACAUCGAUCAUAGCAAAAUGGACGAAGUUAUGCAAAGUUGAUGAAAUGUAUGAGAAUCAAAAAGUUUAAAGCUGAAAAAAUGACAUUUUGAAUAUCGGUCUACACGAUAACUCAAAAUCUACUGGACCAAUCGAUUUUAAAUUUGAAACAUAACUUAUUUAACUAAUUCUUCAGGUACUCACAUUGAGCUGUUUUUUAAUUUUCAAUUUUAUCAUUUUUUUUAUUUAACAAAUUAACUUAAAUAUUUUACUCAAAAAUCGGGGUAAUGAUUUUUAAUUUUGAUAAAAAAUUGGGGGACAAUUUUUUAAAAGUUCCUUGGGACACUUAUUCUUUAACAAAUGCAUACUAGUUUUUGGUAUCGGAUGUUUUUAGGAUAUACACCGAAAACCAACUUUUUUUGAGGUGACUCAGAAGAUUCCCUAUUACUCGUAAACUUGUAAAUAUUUUUUAAUACACAAAUUGAAAAAAAAUGUUCAAAUGUGUUAUUAUAUGGUAUUUAAUUCAAUAAGCUAACUUUAGAAAUUCCGACGCAACUUUUUUUUUAAGUGGGCUAUUUGGCUCCAAAUUAACCUCCCCCUCCCCCUUAAGGUACAAAAAAAAGGGUUUGCUUUAAAUUAAAAUAAAUAUUAAUACUUAGUUAAUACAAUAAAUGGUUUUCAAGUUUCA